UAAAUUUUUGUUUAUCGCAGUUUUAGUGUUCAAUCGAUUCUUUAAUAUGGAAGUUGUGUAUAUUGUUUUGACAUUUUUCGCUAUUAGCGUGAACUCUGUGGCUAUCAAUGGACCUAUGUUGACAAGAUACAACCCAUGCAGUCUGGGAGUCUUAUAUUUUGAUAAAUUAACUAAUAUAUCGUGGCAAGGGACAAUUAAUUUCAGUUUAUAUCCCAAUAUAACUGAUGCUGAUAUUGAAAUCACCUUCGAUAAGCCUAUAAGGAUUUUUGGGGCUUCAAACAACAGUACAGUAUACGCAAGAAACAACUGGCAUAGUUUCUUAUUUAUGCCGCGGGGAGUGCUUCCACCUCAUUAUUUUUUUUACAUAGCUGUUAUCGGUGACGCUUCAAAUGUCCCCAAUGUAGUCACAGUUAAAUUAAAUAACUAUACACUGUGCAAUCCUGCUGUCAAGAAUGAACUAAACAUUCAGUCCUACAAUGCGACACAACCAGAUGACAAGAAUUAUCGUCAAGUUUGCGGGCGCCGAGCGCUCCACAAUGCCGAACUAAGUUCGAUAAAGACUGACGCGAAAGCUGGCGACUGGCCCUGGCACGUGGCUGUGCUGAUCAGGGAAAACAUCUCUAUAUACGCCAGAUACCAGUGUGGGGGAAAUAUAAUAUCGAGAACUGCUGUUCUUACAGCGGCGCAUUGCCUUUUCUAUAACUCAUUGCCCAUACAUAUGAGUCGUCUAAUAAUUGAAGCAGGAGUGGACAAUUUAAAAUUAUUCAAUCAACCCGGGAGACAAUUACUUAACGCCGUCGAUGUUAUAGUGAACCCCGCUUAUAAGUCGGACGAGUCAACUGCGGAUUUGGCCAUUAUUCGAGUGAAUGCAUUCAGAUAUACUGAUCAUGUGCAACCGAUAUGUCUUUGGGGCCCUUCGUAUGACAAAAGUAAUUUGUAUGGACAAAUGGCUGUGGUGGUGGGCUUCGGGACAACUGAAGAGAAUCAAUUAUCAGACACGCUAAGGUCAACGUACACGGUGGUGCAGAAUGACACGACAUGCAUUUCGUAUUCACCCCAGUUGUACACAAGUUUGUUGAACGAGUUCACAUUCUGCGCUGGACUCGACCCAAAUGCCGGUACAAGUCCUCUUCAAGGUGAUAGCGGUGGAGGGUUAUCUAUGGCCACGGUCCAACCAGACCACAAAGUGAGUUGGUUCCUACGAGGCGUCCUCUCAAAAUGUGGGAUUUCCAAUGGUCAAACAAUGUGCAAUCCAAAGUAUUACGUCAUUUACACUGAUGUUGGACCGCACUAUGGAUGGAUCUAUCACCAUGCAGGGUUAAAUUAUGUUAGCAAUAUUGUUUAUUGAUUUUUCAAUAUGCAGUUGAUAUUGUACUAUACUAGAAUAUUGAUAUUACGUAAUUUACACUGAUGUUGGACCGCACUAUGGAUGGAUCUAUCACCAUGCAGGGUUAAAUUAUGUUAGCAAUAUUGUUUAUUGAUUUUUCAAUAUGCAGUAGAUAUUGUACUAUACUAGAAUAUUGAUAUUACGUCAUUUACACUGAUGUUGGACCGCACUAUGGAUGGAUCUAUCACCAUGCAGGGUUAAAUUAUGUUAGCAAUAUUGUUUAUUGAUUUUUCAAUAUGCAGUAGAUAUUGUACUAUACUAGAAUAUUGAAUAAUGUAUAUAUGACUUUGUAUGUAUUGAAACUCUAUAAGACUUUACGAGUUUAACGUAAAAGUUUUGUUCUCAUAGAAUACAACAAUUCCUUUGAUGUAUUUCUUGUUAGUACAAUAGAUGAUUUAGAUAGUAUUUGUAAAUAUAGUUACGUUGUUAAGACUUAUUUACGAUAUUAGUUUUAAACAAAUAUAAUUGUAAUGAUAUGGUA